CGCUGGGGUCCCCGCGCCGCUCGGCCGCGCUCCUGCCGCCGCCCGGGUGGGUGCCCCCAGACCGCUCACUUGAGCUGUCCCCGGUGGCGAAGGAGCUCCCCGCCCCCUCCUCCCGCGCCGUUCCCUCCCCUCUCCCUCCCCUUCUCUGCAACGCCUGCAUUAUUUUCCGCCCGCAGGGUCCGCGCGCACACCGCGGCCGCGGCGGGGGAGGUGACCCGGUGGGUGGGUGGGUGGCUGGGUGGGUGGCUGGCGGGGAGUAGAGCGUGCAAGUUGCAGGGAAGGGGUGCCAGCUCCUUGCGUGCUCUCCGUGCUCCCGGCUCCUCACUCCUUCCCCCUCCUCCUCGCCUCCUCCCUCCCCGCCCCCACCUCCUUCCUCCUCUCCGAAGGGCUGGUAACUUGUUGUGCGGAGCGAACGGCGACAACGACGGCGCGACGGAGGCACCAUCCGGGCGGGCAGCAUGGGCACGUCCGCGCGCUGGGCGCUGUGGCUGCUGCUCGCGCUGUGCUGGGCGCCCCGGGACAGCGGCGCCACUGCAAGCGGGAAGAAAGCCAAAUGUGAUAGCUCCCAAUUCCAGUGCACAAAUGGCCGCUGCAUCACCCUGCUGUGGAAAUGUGAUGGAGAUGAAGACUGUGCGGAUGGCAGCGAUGAGAAGAACUGCGUAAAGAAGACAUGUGCUGAGUCUGACUUCGUGUGCAAAAACGGCCAGUGUGUUCCUAACAGAUGGCAGUGUGAUGGGGACCCUGAUUGCGAAGAUGGUUCUGAUGAAAGCCCAGAACAGUGCCGCAACAUAACAUGUAGCGCAGAUGAGUUCACUUGCUCCAGUGGCCGCUGUGUCUCCAGGAACUUUGUGUGCAAUGGCCAGGAUGACUGUGACGAUGGCAGUGAUGAGCUGGACUGUGCUCCACCAACCUGUGGUGCCCACGAAUUCCAGUGCAGCACCUCUUCCUGCAUCCCCCUCAGCUGGGUGUGUGAUGAUGACGCAGACUGUUCCGACCAAUCAGAUGAGUCUCUUGAGCAGUGUGGCCGUCAGCCUGUGAUACAUACCAAAUGUCCCACCAGUGAGAUCCAGUGUGGCUCUGGCGAGUGCAUUCACAAAAAAUGGCGGUGUGACGGAGACCCUGAUUGCAAGGAUGGCAGCGAUGAGGUCAAUUGUCCUUCUCGAACCUGCAGACCUGACCAGUUUGAAUGUGAAGAUGGUAGCUGUAUCCAUGGCAGCAGGCAAUGCAAUGGCAUCCGGGACUGUGUUGAUGGCUCUGAUGAAGUCAACUGCAAAAACGUCAAUCAGUGCCUGGGCCCUGGAAAGUUCAAGUGCAGAAGUGGGGAAUGCUUAGACAUCAGCAAAGUAUGUGACCAGGAACAGGACUGCAGAGAUUGGAGUGACGAACCCCUGAAGGAAUGCCAUAUCAACGAAUGCUUGGUUAAUAACGGUGGCUGUUCUCAUAUCUGCAAAGACCUAGUUAUAGGCUAUGAAUGUGACUGUGCAGCUGGGUUUGAACUGAUAGAUAGGAAAACCUGUGGAGAUAUUGAUGAAUGCCAAAAUCCGGGGAUCUGCAGUCAAAUUUGUAUCAACUUAAAAGGCGGUUACAAGUGUGAAUGUAGUCGUGGCUAUCAAAUGGAUCUUGCCACUGGCGUGUGCAAGGCAGUAGGCAAAGAGCCAAGUCUGAUCUUCACUAAUCGAAGGGACAUCAGGAAGAUUGGACUAGAGAGAAAGGAAUACAUCCAACUUGUAGAACAACUGAGAAACACGGUGGCCCUCGAUGCUGACAUUGUAGCUCAGAAGCUAUUUUGGGCUGAUCUAAGCCAAAAGGCCAUCUUCAGUGCCUCAAUUGAUGACAAGGUUGGUAGACAUUUUAAAAUGAUCGACAAUGUCUAUAAUCCUGCAGCCAUUGCUGUUGAUUGGGUGUACAAGACCAUCUACUGGACUGAUGCGGCUUCUAAGACUAUUUCAGUAGCUACCCUAGAUGGAGCCAAGAGGAAGUUCCUGUUUAACUCUGAUUUGCGAGAGCCUGCCUCCAUAGCUGUGGAUCCGUUGUCUGGCUUUGUUUAUUGGUCAGACUGGGGCGAGCCAGCUAAAAUAGAAAAAGCAGGAAUGAACGGGUUUGAUAGACGGCCACUGGUGACGGAGGACAUCCAAUGGCCUAAUGGAAUUACGCUCGACCUUGUGAAAAGCCGCCUCUACUGGCUGGAUUCCAAGUUGCACAUGCUCUCUAGUGUGGACCUGAAUGGUCAAGAUCGUAGGAUAGUACUCAAGUCUCUGGAGUUCCUGGCUCAUCCUCUUGCACUCACCAUAUUUGAGGAUCGUGUCUACUGGAUAGAUGGAGAAAAUGAAGCAGUGUACGGUGCCAAUAAAUUCACUGGGUCAGAGCUGGCCACGCUAGUGAACAAUCUCAAUGAUGCCCAAGACAUCAUUGUCUACCAUGAACUCGUCCAGCCAUUAGGUAAAAAUUGGUGUGAAGAAGAUAUGGAGAAUGGAGGAUGUGAAUAUCUCUGCCUGCCAGCACCACAGAUCAAUGAUCACUCUCCAAAAUAUACCUGUUCCUGUCCCAAUGGGUACAAUCUUGAAGAAAAUGGACGAGAGUGUCAAAGUACUUCAACUCCUGUGACUUACAGUGAGACAAAAGAUAUCAACACAACAGACAUUCUACGAACUAGUGGACUGGUUCCUGGAGGGAUCAAUGUGACCACAGCAGUAUCAGAAGUCAGUGUUUCCCCAAAAGGGACUUCGGCUGCCUGGGCCAUUCUCCCUCUCUUGCUCUUAGUGAUGGCAGCCGUAGGUGGCUACUUGAUGUGGAGGAAUUGGCAACAUAAAAACAUGAAAAGCAUGAACUUUGACAAUCCAGUGUACUUGAAGACCACUGAAGAGGACCUCUCAAUAGACAUCGGUAGACACAGCGCUUCUGUAGGACACACGUACCCAGCAAUAUCAGUUGUAAGCACAGAUGAUGAUCUGGCUUGAGUUCUCAACAAGUCUUGAUCUAUGAGGUCUACAUCGGUAACACCCCACUCCGGAAUGGCAACAGAGCCAGCGCUGAAGUCUCUUUUUAUCUUCCUCCCAUCUGGAAGAACAUCAAGAUAUCUUUUCAUGGAUCAAGUUUGUGUACUUAAUCUUUUUUUUUUUACUUUUGUAAAUAUUCUUGGCCACAUUCUACUUCAGCUUUGGAUGUGGUUACCAAGUAUCUGUAACCCUUGAAUCCCUAGACAGUAUUGCCAUCUCUGGCCAAAUAUGCACUUUCCCUAGAAAGCCAUAUUCCAGCAAUGAACCUUGUGCUAUAGUGUCUCCCACCUGUACAUACACUGUAUAGGCCACCUGUACAUAUCCCAGAGAACAAUCACUAUUCUUAAGCACUUUGAAGAUAUUUCUAUGUAAAUUAUUGUAAACUUUUUCAAUGGUUGGGACAAUGGCAAUAGGAUAAAACGGGUUACUAAGAUGAAAUUGCCAAAAAAAAAAAUUUGUAACUAAUUUUGUACGUAUGAAUGAAAUCUUUGACCUCUGUAGAGGUUUGCAAAGACUGACUUCAAACUACUGUACUUUUUUUUUCAAGUGCUAAAAAAAUUAAACCAAGCAGCUUAACCAUGGUUUUGAUUAUUCCUCUAAGAUGAGCUUCUGGGAACAGUAGCGCCAAAUGUCCUAGACAUCUAAGCUAUAGUUAGCUCUUGAUGUUGUAAACCUAAGCCCAUAAUUGAACUAGUAUAUUUUACAACCAAGAACUAGCUAAACAAUUAGGUAUCAUUUAAUAUUUGUUCCCCCAAAUCUAUUACUUCCUUCCUUUUUCCCUUCCUUCCUUCCUUCCUUCCUUCCUUCCUUCCUUCCUUCCU